GUCAAUAACAAAAUGUCAUGUGGAAUUCGCUGAAGCGAGCAGUCUGUUUAGCUGGUUGCAAGUAGCGAAGAUAAAUUUGCUAAUGCCGGUGGAAAAGCAUCAAUUUUGGACUGUGGAAUGGGAAACCUUUCGGCUAAUCAACCAAUUGCAUAGGACCCGAGAGAACUGCAAGUUUCCCAUACUGAUACGAAAAAAGACAGCUUUCUACGUGCCAUUCGAAUAUGUCGCGGAAGGAAAUGAGUUUGAAUUUAUAGUGACCUACCACAUGGCUGAAAGUGAAGCAAUGCACAGAUACAAUUUGACCAUAGAACAACUUUGCAAAUCUCUUGCUAAUGACCCUCGCUGGUUACUUAGUGAAUGUGAACUCAGAGAUGUGAAGGACGUUUAUGCAACGGUUGCUGUUACAAUACAGUCAAGAGGGGCUUCCAUAUGGGAACUGCAGAUUCAUCUUAUGUUCAUAUCGAAUGCGCAAAACCGUGAACGGUGCGAUUUCAAUGUGGCAGUCAAGUCAAUUGCUAAAGGUUAUUAAGCAGAACAUCAAAGGUGCGUCGUACGGUGAUGUACAAAUCCUACCGAAUGACAAAGCGUAAAGAAAACUGCCAUCGAGCUUCACUGUUAAUGUUUUGCUCCAAAACACGAUGUGUGCAACCGCAUUAAUUUGAACGAAAUUAUACCUAUGGAGUAUGUCCUGUAUUU